CUCCAAACAGAGCCUUUUCUUAGCACUGAGAUGUGGUGGGCUCAAUCAGCAUGGCCAUGCCCAUAACUCCGAUUUUUCCCCUCAUGUUCGCCUAGAGAUUGCGUUGCUUCUAAAGUCCGAGAUCCCGCUUUCCCCCGCCAGGACUCCAUGUAAGCUUGUGCGCGCAUUUCUUCCUGCAAUGAUCGGGAAAACACGCGCUACUAAGCACGGCGAUGCAAUGACUCAGAAAUAGAUAUAAAUACGUGGUAUUCCGCUGAGUGUCACAGCUUUCUUUCUUAGAUUCAUUCAGAACACUCCCAGCUCUACAACACCAAUCACCAUGAACCCAGGAAAGAUGACCGCUCAAGAAAAGGAGGCCCAGAUCAUGGCCGAAAUCAGACUGAACACUGUCAAGUUCACUCCCAACUCUACAACACCAAUCACCAUGAACCCAGGAAAGAUGACCGCUCAAGAAAAGGAGGCCCAGAUCAUGGCCGAAAUCAGACUGAACACUGUCAAGUUCACUCCCAAGUACGAGACCACAUUCUUGGGCAAUUUCUUCGGCUUUGCUUUCAAGAGCAACUAAGCGCAGUGUGCCGCACUGGUUUCUCCACGGCGCCCACGGAGAAGAUCUGGAAUAGUGUCCGGGCAACGGUUUUGGAAUGACACUACUUCCGCCUAAUUUAUAGAUGAUGAGUUACGAAUGAAACGCUUUUUUAAACUCCUGCAUGUGU